AUGAGGACUCAAAGCACCGCUGUGUGUGAAGCCCUGAGCGCGGUCCCUGGCACAGAGGCCGCGUGCAAUCGAGGUUUGCUCUGCUGUUACGAUGCAGCCCUGUCCUCGCCCAUGGGUAGCUCUGAGGCCAGAGGGCAGGUGGUGGUGCAAACCAGUGCAGAGGAAAGAACAGAGAAAGGAAGGAGCACCUUUCGGGAGGACUUGGCAUUGGACCUGAGCUUCAAAAAUGAGGGGGAAUUUAUCCAGAGGAGAAGCAAGCAAGGCCGUGCCAGUGUGGAAGGUGCCCGCACAGGGAAGGCAUGGGUUACAGGGCUGCGCUUUGUGGAUGGGGAGGUUGAGACGCAAGACUUGGAACGACUUGUCCAAGGAAACACAGAGAGUGAGUGUCGUCUUCAUGCCAAAGUCCUCCUACAUCAGCCUUGGACCUGGUGCGCGGGCGUCGAGGGCACGUGCAGCUGCUAUGACACCGCCCUGUCCUGGUCCUCCUUCCGUGUCCUUGACCGCUGCUUUUCUGUCUCCCUCUUUGCUCGUCCGCCCCCUCGGCGGUUCACCUCUUCCAUCCUCUGCACACCCAUGGCCUCCCGCCUCGGCGCCCCUACCACACUGCCUUCCAGUGGGGCUGAGGGCUUGCUCCGGGGUGCCCGGCCCUCUCUUGACGCACCCGGCGGCCCGCAGGACACCUGCGCGUCGUGCGGCGGCUUCCGGCGGCCUGAGGAGCCGGGCCGGGUGGACGGCGACUUCCUGGAGGCGGUGAAGCGGCACAUCUUGAGCCGCCUGCAGAUGCGGGGCCGGCCCAACAUCACGCACGCCGUGCCGAAGGCCGCCAUGGUCACGGCCCUGCGCAAGCUGCACGCGGGCAAGGUGCGCGAGGACGGCCGCGUGGAGAUUCCGCAUGUCGACGGCCACGCCAGCUCAGCAGCCGACGGCCAGGAGCGCGUGUCGGAGAUCAUCAGCUUCGCCGAGACAGAUGGCCUCGCCUCCUCCCGGGUCCGCCUCUACUUCUUCGUCUCCAACGAGGGCAACCAGAACCUGUUUGUGGUCCAGGCCAGCCUGUGGCUUUACGUGAAGCUGCUGCCUUACGUGCUGGAGAAGGGCAGCCGGCGGAAGGUGCGGGUCAAGGUGUACUUCCAGGAGCAGGGCCGCGGCGACAGGUGGAGCGCCGUGGACAAGAAGGUCGACCUGAAGCGCAGUGGCUGGCACACGUUCCCGCUGACCGAGGCCAUCCAGGCCCUGUUCGAGCGGGGCGAGCGGAGGCUGAGCCUGGACAUCCAGUGCGACGGCUGCCAGGAGCUGGCCGUGGUGCCGGUGUUCGUGGACCCCAGCGAGGAGUCCCACCGGCCCUUCGUGGUGGUGCAGGCGCGCCUGGGCGACAGCAGACAUCGCAUCCGCAAGCGGGGCCUGGAGUGUGACGGCCGCACCAACCUCUGUUGCCGGCAACAGUUCUACAUUGACUUCCGCGUCAUCGGGUGGAACGACUGGAUCAUCGCGCCCACCGGUUACUAUGGGAACUACUGUGAGGGCAGCUGCCCCGCCUACUUGGCGGGCGUCCCUGGCUCCGCCUCCUCCUUCCACACGGCCGUGGUGAAUCAGUACCGCAUGCGGGGCCUCAACCCCGGCAUGGUCAACUCCUGCUGCAUCCCCACCAAGCUCAGCACCAUGUCCAUGCUCUACUUUGACGACGAGUACAACAUCGUGAAGCGGGAUGUGCCCAACAUGAUCGUGGAGGAGUGUGGCUGCGCCUGA